AUGUCCUACGACCGCUACGUUGCCAUCUGCAAGCCCCUGCACUACGAGACCCUGCUGGGCAGCAGAGCUUGUGCCACCAUGGCAGCAGCUGCCUGGGGCUCUGGGGUCCUCAAUGCUGUUCUUCAAACUGCCAACACAUUUUCACUGCCUCUCUGCCAAGGCAAUAUUGUGAACCAGUUCUUCUGUGAAAUCCCCCAGAUCCUCAAGCUCUCCUGCUCAAACUUCUACCUCAGGGAAUCUGGAUUUCUUCUGCUUAGUGCUGUGUUAACUUUGGGGUGUUUUGUUUUCAUGGUGUUUUCCUACGUGCAGAUCUUCAGGGCUGUGCUGAGGAUGCCGCCUGAGCAGGGACGGCACAAAGCCUUUUGCACGUGCCUCCCUCACCUGGCCGUGGUCUCUCUGUUUCUCAGCACUGACUUUCUGGCCUACCUGAAGCCCCCCUCAAUCUCUUCUCCACCCCUGGACCUGGUGGUGUCAUUUUUUUACUCAGUGGUGCCUCCAGUAGUGAACCCGCUUAUCUACAGCAUGAGGAACCAGGAGCUCAAGGAUGCUUUGAGGAAUAUGAUGACAGCGACACAUUUUAGCUGUGCUAAUCUUAUUGUCUUUCUCUACAGAUGACUCUCAGUCUGUCCCAUAAUGGGCCUAUUAUAUGUCUUUUAUGGUUAUAACAUUUAC